AAUUAAUUGCUGUUUGCGAAUUCCGACAAAAACUUGCCUGGUUUUCCGAUAUAGCUAAACGUCUUGUUUCAUUCGUUAAUGCUUGCCCUGUUGAUACUUUCCUUAAAAUGGGUCAAGUUUAUCAUGAUUUAGUCGGAACGGAGCGUCGACUUAAUGGAAUAGUCGAUCUUUUGAGAAAAGAAGACCUCAAAGAAGCUGAUUGUAUUGAAGAUAUUCAAAGAUCCAUCGCCCAACUUGAGCACCUUGCAGAAAUAUACCUUUCCAACACUAAAAUUGACGAGGCAGAUAAAUUAUAUGCUUAUAGUAGAGGUUUAGACUUGAAUGCAGAUACCAUUGCGGUUUCUCUUGGUCAUCUUAAACAAGCUGUUGCCCUUGCUUGUAAAGACGAAGAAAUUAACGUAACCGAAGAAAUCGAUAAAUUUAAUUCCGAUUUCUUCUUACCGCUUCAGAGUUUAGUUUCGCAAUCUAGAAGUAGUAAAGUUAUGGCAAGAAAAUUAAUCCGUAGACUGGAUGACAUGGCGGAUCAAAAUGCAGGAUUAAAAUCCGAUCUUCUUACACAAUUCAAGAUUUGUUUUACAUUAAGUACAAAGUUGACUACUUUCUGUCAGGAGGUUCGAAAGGGCAUCUUCGCAUAUAUUAAUGAGAAGAAAGAUACAAAAGAGGAAUUGUUACUUAGUGGCUUACAAAAAACUAUUCAUCAAGUUACCGAGAAUAUGUUAGGAACCAAUGAAUUAAAUAUGUGGGACGGAUGCACUAAGUCGCUGCUUUCGAUAUGUCAAGAAAUUAGUAAUUUAAAUAAUGCAAUUAAUGACCCAGAAAAUACUACUUAUGUUGUAAAGGGAGAAGCUCCUUGGAAUAUCAGAGCAAAAGAAAUAAAAGCCGAAGCGCUUGUCAAUGCCGAAAUGGAACGUAAAGCUCAACAGCAACAGGAGGAGAUACGUGAAUUAAUCAAAGAGAAGAAAUUAAAAGAUCAACUCUUGCAAGAAGCUAAUGUCAAAAUAGAGCUAUUAGAGAAACGUAUGGAAAACGUAAAGAAACAGGCCGAUAUGAUUACUGCCUUGGAACAAGAACUUCAAAAUUCAAGAAAACAGGAGACAGACUUUGAAGAAGCUAUGGAAAAUCUUCAACAAGAAAUUGAUUCUUUGGAGCAACAAAAUAAAAAUUUUAUAUUACUUGCUGGAAAUAUUGAAGACGGAGCUGUUCCUUCUCGUAAUACUGAAUUAAAGGACGAAGACAAUGAAGACGAUUUAAGAAUGUAUGCAGAUGCUAAUCCAUUAGAAAAUCAAAGAUUGGCUAGUCAGAUCGAAUCUUUGAAAUUCGCUAUUCGUUAUCUUAGAGCAGAAAAUUCUCAUUUGAAAGGCAAAGAUGCAUUAAACGCGUUAGAUUGGCAUUUGCAACCUAGACGACGUCGAGCUCUUCGAGAUCAAAGUGAAGGAGAGUUGUUGAAAUCGGUGGCCUCAGAAGCUAAAUCAUUACUCAAGGAUUUCCGAACUGUAAGUGCGUCACCUCGAAUUAUUGAUCUUACCAAAACGUUAGAAAAUCAAAAACAAUGGAGACCUUUAAAGAAGACUUCAGAAUAUCAGUAUCAGGUACAACAAUCGGUCAUGUAUACUUUACAACAACGAAGCAACGAAUUAAAAUUAAAGCUUCGACAACUUGGAAAAAACAAUUUACAUAAGCCUUUAAAGAAUGAUGGCAAUGUGAUAAAACCUUCAAUUGUAGGACGAAUUCGUUUACCUGUUUUAAGUAGUAAUACUGUUUCAAGUCAUCCUCUUUCACAUAAUAUAAAACUUAAGAAUCCGUCUGAUUUUGAAAAAAUUCACACUAUUUUUGUUAACUAAUAUAUUUAUUAAAUUUGCAUGAGAUUACGGGCUUCAUAAUAUUACAGAAUGUUAUAAGUUUGCAUUUUUUAAUUUACGAUCAAUAGUUAGACGUCAAAAAUUCAUAGUAUAGUUUUAUUGUCACGUGAUUCGUGAUUUUUUAAUUAGGAAUCAUAUUUAAGUAAAAUUACAUAAAUAAACUCACUUUUUUUC